AUGAAUGGUGGAGGCUUCCGAAUAACUUAUCAAGAUCAACUGACAUACAAUAUUUGGCUGGCUCAAGAAGCUCAUGCUCGAGAUCUUUCUAUUGGUUUGAAGAACGAUGUCGAUCAAGUCAGAGAUCUCGUAUCUUAUUUUGACUGGGCAAUCAACGAACAAUGUUGGGAGUAUAAUGAAUGUAAUACACUUCAACCAUUCAUUACAGCAAACAAGGCAGUGUUCAAUUGUGAAUAUAAGGCUCACAACAAUUGUCUGAAAGCAGUACAAAGCAAAUUAAGUUCGAUUCUAGCACCACUUGAGCUCAAUGGAAAAAAUAUGAAAAUGUGCAAUGGACAAGGGCAGCUAGUAUCGUUUUGA